GCGAGAACAAGGCCAGCACCUACGGCCUCAACUACCUGCUGUCUGGCAGCCGCGCCGCCGCUCUGGAAGGCGGGGGCCCCGAGGCCCAGGCGCCGCGGCCCGGCACGCCGUGGAAGAGCCGCGUGUACAGCCCGGGCAUCCAGGGCCUUCACGAGGAGAUCAUCGACUUUUAUAACUUCAUGUCCCCCUGUCCUGAGGAAGCAGCCAUGAGAAGAGAGGUGGUGAAGCGGAUCGAGACUGUGGUGAAAGAUCUGUGGCCCACGGCUGACGUGCAGAUAUUCGGCAGCUUCAGCACGGGUCUCUAUCUUCCCACCAGUGACAUAGAUCUGGUGGUCUUUGGAAAGUGGGAGCGUCCUCCUCUGCAGCUGUUGGAGCAAGCCCUGCGGAAGCACAAUGUGGCGGAGCCGUGUUCCAUCAAAGUCCUUGACAAAGCCACAGUACCAAUAAUAAAGCUCACAGACCAGGAGACUGAAGUUAAAGUCGACAUCAGCUUUAACAUGGAGACUGGCGUCCGGGCAGCUGAAUUCAUCAAGAACUAUAUGAAGAAAUAUUCAUUGCUGCCUUACUUGAUUUUAGUAUUGAAACAGUUUCUUCUGCAGAGGGACCUGAAUGAGGUUUUUACAGGUGGAAUUAGCUCAUACAGCCUCAUUUUAAUGGCCAUCAGCUUUCUACAGUUGCAUCCAAGAAUUGAUGCCCGGAGAGCUGAUGAAAACCUUGGAAUGCUUCUCGUAGAAUUUUUUGAACUAUAUGGAAGAAAUUUUAAUUACUUGAAAACUGGCAUUAGAAUAAAAGAAGGAGGUGCCUACAUCGCCAAAGAAGAGAUCAUGAAAGCCAUGACCAGCGGUUACAGACCGUCCAUGCUGUGCAUCGAGGACCCGCUGCUGCCUGGAAAUGAUGUUGGUCGGAGCUCCUAUGGGGCCAUGCAAGUGAAGCAGGUGUUCGACUAUGCCUACAUUGUUCUCAGCCAUGCUGUGUCCCCCCUUGCCAGGUCCUACCCCAACCGAGACUCAGAAAGUACCUUAGGAAGAAUCAUCAAGGUAACUCAGGAAGUGAUCGACUACCGGCGGUGGAUCAAAGAGAAGUGGGGCGGCAGAGUGCACCCGCUGCCCGACCUGGACAAUAGGAUUAAGGUGAAAGAGCGAGUCUCCACAUGCAACGGAGAGCAGACACAGGGCCGGGAGCCUGGGUCGCCCUACAGCCAGCGCCUGACCCUGUCGCUGUCCAGUCCCCAGCUCCUCUCUUCGGGCUCUUCUGCAUCUUCUGUGUCUUCGCUGUCUGGAAGUGACAUUGACUCGGACACACCGCCCUGCACUACGCCCAGUGUCUACCAGUUCAGUCUGCAGGCGCCCACGGCUCUCGUGGCCAGCUUACCUGCCGCCCUGCCCAUGCCCGGUGGCAAACCUCAGUCUACCCCUUCCCGAACGCUGAUAAUGACAACCAACAAUCAGGCCAGGUUCACCAUCCCCCCUCCGACCCUGGGGGUUGCCGCUGUCCCUUGCAGACAAGCUGGCGUGGAAGGAACCACGUCCUUGAAGGCCGUGCACCACAUGUCCUCCCCAGCCAUUCCCUCGGCGUCCCCCAACCCGCUGUCCAGCCCUCACCUGUACCAUAAGCAGCACAAUGGCAUGAAGCUGUCCAUGAAAGGGUCCCACGGCCACACACAGGGUGGUGGCUACAGCUCAGUGGGCAAUGGAGGUGUACGACCACCCGUGGGCAAUCGGGGCCACCACCAGUACAACCACAUUGGCUGGAGGAGGAAAAAACACACGCACACGAGGGACAGCCUGCCUGUGAGUCUCAGCAGAUAAUGGCUCCAGGCCUUGGCACCGCAGGGCCCGAGACCAGAGCCCAGCACUCCGCUGCAGCCUCGGCGCCCACUGAUCACUCUGCAUGUUCCUUCGUGUGGUGGUCACGUCCAUCUCCAACAACUCCGUGCUCAUCUGUGAAGCCUUAUUGCCGUGGACGAGCUCUGCCUCCCGGAGUCUGCACUCAGGGGAGCUGAGGACGGGAGCUUGCUUGCUGACUUGCAGCAGCCCUGCCUGCCCCUGGCUGGUGGAAGUUUUCGUUUCCUAUUGUCAAGCGACAGAGGAGUUAAGGCCGUUCCCACACACUUCCCAGUGGGUAGGGUUGGAGGCCUCGUGUUACUGCCCUUGCGUUUUGUUUGAGACUUCAGAACUCUUUUUCUAUGUAAAUA